GCACGCCCCGAUGCGCAGCCAGAGCGGCAGAUGGCCUGAGCUGGCAUGCGCAACGGCCGCGGACCCCCUGCAGCGCCCAGCAGCCGCGAGCGGCGCACCAACACAAGGCACACGAGCACGCGACGCGCGCCAGCGAAAGCCACGCGCGCGCAGGAGCGAUGCACGGCAGCAUCAGCAGGCACAGGCAGGCGGGCAGCGCUCAGCACUUCUCGAUAUCGAUUCGACGUUUGGACCCUGGACACGCCGCAGUUCUGAACUGCGCUCCUGCUCCUGUCAGCGGCUGAUCCGCACUCGCUCCAUAAAGAGCCACCGCCGCCCGCUCGCCGCCGCUCUCCUCCCACCACCACCCCCAUCCCGUCCGCACGAUGCCGCAGCCCGCCGCCGUGCCGCUCUUCGAGCCGCGCCUCGGCAGCGCCCUCCACAUCCGCCAGGCGCGCCAUCUCGUCGUGCACGCCUCGCACCUGCCUGCGCCCGGCGGCGGCUCGCUGCAGGCCUGGCACAGCGCCGCGGCCAGCGACGCCGCUGCCGGCGGCGACUCCAGCGCCGAGUGGUCGGCGGUGCCCUUCGUGGCCGCGCCGCACAGUUCGGGCGCCGUCGCGCGCGUGCCGCUGGCCGACGACGCCGAGACGCGCAUCACCUAUCGCCUGCUCGCCGACGAAGGCAGCGUGACGUGGUUCGGCGACGAGCACUCCGACAUCCGCGUGCACAGCAGCAGCAGCAGCAGUAGCGGGGCGGCGUCGCUGCCGCUGCUGCGUGACGUGCUGCACACCGAGCUGCAGCUCGUCGCCGGCGAGGACGGCGUGGCGCGCCUCACUGCGCCCGCUGGACGCUCGCGCUUUGCCGCAGUCGAUGGCGUCUCGCAGGUCAUGGCUCUGGAAAGCACACAGCGCACAUGGCACACUUCGCGUCUGUGCGCUCCAGCAGAGCUGUCGUCCGAGACAGAGGCGCCGGUGCUUCUGCUGCGCCUAGAGCUGCCGAGUCCAGCGGUGCUCGUCCUCGUCGCCUUGUCCGACACGCAGGCCUCGUCUGGUCUCGUCAAGGCCCACGGCCCGCACAGCAGCGCCUUGGGUCUCGACAUCAUCGCCUCGCCCACCCUCGGAGCUCAAGCACAAGGCACGGUCCUCGCAGCGCUCUGCACGCCGUCUGACAUGCAAGCCACUGUCUCGCGCGUGCUGGACGCCGCGCGGGUGCAUCUCAUCCAAGCAGAGCAGCUGGCAUACAGCCUGCGUCCGCGUCUCUCUGCGCCAGUCAGCCCGGACCGCCUCAGCGACAGCGGCGUCUUCUGCGACGAGAGCAAGGACAGCGCGUCAGGAAGCACCGCUGAGCCCUCAGAGGCAGGCGACGAGCCACUUGCGACUGGUGCACGCAGCCCUGCCGACGAGCUGCCAAGCCCGACACUGACAGGUCCGGGACCUCUGGACGCGAGCCGAGGACUGGCGCUGUGCACGUGGGAGGCGCUGUCGCACCAGCGGCCGUACUUGUCAAUGGUGCUGGACGCCCUCGCCGCGCUGGAGGAGCGAGCGCCGGGCGCCACAACUGCCCUGCUGCUCGACGACGGUUGGGCGUGCACCAGCAGCUCUGGCUUCGGGCGCGGCCGUCUCGAUGCUGCUUGUCUCGACCCGGCGCUGCUGGACGCGCCGGCGCCUGAAGACCCCGACGCGCUGGCCAGCUACAUCUCGGCCGUGCACGAGCGCUUCCCAGCGGUGCGCGACUUUGGCGUCUGGCUCACGCUCAUCGGCUACUGGGACGGCGUUUCGGCGGAAGAGUACGGACCGCUGCAGCGCGCCACGCUGCAGGGACCCGAUGGCCCCUGUGAGGCACUCCUGCCGGCGAUCGAAAGCCUCGACGCCUUCUGGGACAAGACGCUCGGCGGACUUGCGGAGGCCGGCGUCACGUUCGUCAAGCUCGACGCGCAAGGCGAGCUCGCCAGCAUGCGCCUCGAGGGCUCCUCGAGCUUCGGCUCCGAAGAGGCUCUCUACGUGCGGGCGGCGCAGCGCGCCUUCGACACAGCAGCGAGCCGGCAUCUCGGACCGAACGCAGUUAUCCACUGCAUGGCGAUGGGCAAGGGUCAGCCAGCGUCACUCCGUGCGCUGGCUCCAGCAAGCACAGGCCAGUGGCGCUCGACGGACGACAUUGUGCCUGGCCACACCGACGCCGCUCGCUGGCUGCUCGUGCACGCCGCACGCAUCGUGAUGCUUUUCGACGGCUCUCAUCAGCCCGACGCCGACAUGCUCUGCACGAGCAAUGUGGGCGCCCUCGAGGCGCAAGCGCAGGCUCGCUUCCGCGCCGUGUACUCUGGCGCGCGCAUCUUCACCUCCGACCGUGCCAGCGCCGAACGCGAGGCUGCAGAUGCGCUGCAAUCUCUUCUUGCGCCCACGCGCAGCAAGUCCGGCAUCAUCGCAGCGACUCGACCCCUGCAGGCCCAGGACGCAGCGCGCCUGUUGCCUGGCUCCAUGUGGGAGGACGUCACCUCGAACGCCGACGGAGCCGCGCUGGUUGUGGCUCAGCCUCGGCAGCUGGCUGAGCAGGUUGCCGUCAGCAGCAUCGCCGCCUUCAACGUGCGCGCGGGAGAUGCAAGCACCGUUGGCACGCUCCGGACUUGCGACAUCGCAGACGCCCUCGCCGGCAGCUCAGCGCACGACGUCGCAGUGUGCGACGCCAGCUGUGAGGACUUCGCCGUCGUCACCCAGGCAGAGCUGGCCGCCCAGUCCGAUCGCCUCGGCUGCGCGCCCGUGCUGCCGAUUCGACUGGCGGUUGGCGAGAGCAGGAGCUGGAGUGUUGCCCCGCUGCUCGCCCUCGGCGACGAUGUGCAGGCUGCGUGCCUCGGUCUCAAAGACAAGUACCUGCCGCUUGCGGCGCUGCGCUCGCUGCGCACAUCCUCAGUGCAGGCCAAGCCGCAGACGCUCUCUCUCGUGCACAGCGCACCGACAUUCCAGGGCCUCAGCCCCUCGGCCAUUCUGCUGGCCGUCAUGCUCAUCCUGACGAACACGCUGCACGCCAUCUCGUCGCACUUCAUGCUUCUGGCGCCGCUACGCCGCAUCCUGCUGCUGGUGCAGACGCAGCUGGCCCGCCGUGCUUCCGUCGUGCCGGCACAGCUGCGCGACUCGCACGUCGUCGUCGACCGCCAGGAGCGCUCCCUGGCGUUGCGCUCGGCCCCGCCGACGCAGAGCGCCAAGCGCCAGGAACUCGUGGCGCUCGUCGACCGUGCUGGCACGCUCGUGUUCUUCCUCUCGCGGGCGGCUACGCCGCGCAUCACGAUCGACGACGUGCCCGUCUCUCUCUCGCACAUCACCACCCGUGCCGUCGCCGCGGGCCUCGUGGUGGAGCUCGACAUGCUCGCUGCCUGUGCGGCACCUGAAGUUGCGUCGCAGUCGCGCGCCGACUGCUGCUGGGAGGUGCGCCUCUCGCUCGAGUAGUCUUACGUCUGCCGCCUCUCAACCCCUAUCAUGACUUGCAACGACGUGCCUUGACGAUGACUGCCGCGAGCUCGGCCGCUCGGAAAUGUGUGAGGCGGAAGCUACGGCGGCGAUGCCCCGAGCGCACGUUCGCGUCGCGCUUCGCAUGCAGGCACGCCGGAGGCGCGCGGGCGAAAGAAGGAUGCCGCCGGC